UGGAAGAGAGAGAGAGAGAGAGAUGCGACAAGGGAAGGCGCGGCAGGGAUUACAAAUAGGCUUGGUGCGCAGUUUCGGCUCCAGCCACUUGCAAUCCAUUCAGUCCCAGCAAGCAAACCGGCAGUAGGAGACAGCAACUCCUGAUAACACAACAGCCCUCCCAGGGGGGAAAACACACACACACACACAUACACACACAGGGUCCCUCACUGUAAAUGAUUGAGCCAAUAUCCCGAUGGGGUGGAUAUGAUAGAUGCCUUUAAUGGGAAUGGUGCCCGGAUAGGGCCGGACAUGCUAUCGCUAAAUGGUUCUUUUUUUCUCCCCUCCACUCCCCCCACCACAUACAUCUGUUAAUUCACAGCUAGGAGCUCGGCUAGGGUGAGUGGGGGGGCCGAAUGUUUUUAUUUGCUGUAUGAUUUUUAAGUGCCCCCCUUCCAUCAUGAUACUUCGACACCGUGGUUGAAUCUAUUCCCAGAGACCUACUGACGGGAUCUAUGGCGAACUACAGCCAUGCACCUACUGGGAGCAGCGAGAACCUUUUGGAAAAUGUGUCUCCUCUGGCGACAUUCUUCAAGCUGACAUCCCUGGGUUUCACCAUCGGGGUCGGCGUGUUGGGAAACCUACUCAUCUCCUUCCUCCUGAUCAAAGACAAAACCCUCCACCGGGCUCCCUAUUACUUCUUGCUGGACCUCUGCUCCUCGGAUAUCAUCCGCUCGGCGGUUUGCUUCCCGUUCGUCUUUCUCUCGGUGAAGAACGGUUCGUCCUGGCCCUACGGCUCGCUGAGCUGCAAAGUGGUCGCCUUCGUCGGCGUGCUGUCCUGCUUCCACGCCGUCUUCAUGCUCUUCUGUGUGAGCGUGACCCGCUACAUCGCCAUCGCCCACCACCGCUUUUACUCCAAGAGACUGACUUUCUGGACGUGCCUGGCGGUCAUCUGCAUGGUGUGGACCCUGUCGGUGGCCAUGGCUUUCCCGCCGGUCUUCGACGUGGGCACCUACACCUUCAUCCGGGAGGAGGAGCAGUGCAUCUUCGAGCACAGGUACUUCAAAGUGAACGACUCGCUGGGCUUCAUGCUCAUGUUCGCGGUGAUCGUUCUGGCCACGCACAUUGUCUACCUGAAGCUGAUCUUCUUCGUCUACGACCGGCGUAAAAUGAAGCCCGUCCAGCUGGUGCCUGCCGUCAGCCAGAACUGGACUUUUCACGGACCCGGGGCCACUGGGCAGGCGGCGGCCAACUGGAUCGCUGGCUUCGGCCGGGGACCUACUCCUCCUACACUGCUGGGCAUCAGGCAAAACCCCCAGGGCCAGGGCAUGAGGAGGAGGCUGCUGGUCAUGGACGAGUUCAAAACCGAGAAGAGAAUAGGCAGGAUGUUCUACCUGAUCACCUUCUUCUUCGUGGCCCUCUGGUGCCCAUACCUGGUCGCAUGUUACUGGCGUGUCUUUGUGAAGGGCCCCGCUGUUCCCCGGGGUUACCUGACCGCUGCGGUCUGGAUGACUUUUGCCCAGGCUGGGGUCAACCCUUUCAUCUGCAUCUUCUCCAACCGGGAACUAAGACGUUGUUUCAGCACCAACAUCCUUUAUUGUCGAAAAUCUAGGUUACCGCGGGAACCUUACUGCGUUAUAUGACUAUUUGUGUCUGUUUAUGUCUGAGAUUUAAUCGAUGGAAAUUCUACCAAGCAACAGAUGAAACAGCAGUUGUGGGCUGCAACGGUGGACUGCCCUCUGAUGUUCACCAAGCGAUGCAUCAAGCCUUGGCAGAAUGGUCCUUAAUUUAGUUCUGCUGCUGUUGUCUUAAUGAUGAAGGUGUUUUCAAUACAAUUUGAAAAGAAUACUAUUACCGUAAAGUCUGCACAUUAUCUUACGUUUGGCUUUGUUUCUGAAGUAACCAAUGCAGAAAUCAUAGACUACAACCUUAGAACAUAUAUUGAGAGCAUUAGACUCCUUUUGUAUUUUUUAAAACAAAAUCUUUUGAAUCAAUUAAUUAAGAUCUGACUGGAGAGAUUUACAAUUUUUUUGAGUUAAUCUAAGGUGACAGAAUACACACAUCAAUUGACUGUUGGAAAUGCAUGAAAGAGUUAGCAUUUGAAUAUGUACAAAUUAGUCCCUUCAACUUUCCUUUAAGCCCCACAACUUGGUUCUGGUUGAUUCACAUUAGGCCUCGGUGUCUUCACCAUUAAUAAAUGUUUAUUUCUGUUGCCCAAUCACAUUUCUACAGAACUGCACACAAUGGAUGUCUGUUCCUGUGUUAGUAGACUGCUUUCUUGCUCAGAACAGAACAAGUUAGUAUCAGACCUUUCAAAAUGUGUGAAAUGUUUAUUCUGUGGGUCAUAUUGUUUACAAUAUUUUUGUUUACUUAUGUCUUUCAUAUCCUGACUGUGAGUUUCUUGUCCUUUUUGUAAUCAUUUCCUGUGAUACCUAAAAAUGUGACAUGAUGUGAGUGGUUUCCUUACUGCUAGGAGCUUGAGGUAUGUACAAAAUGAAAUACAUCUACAUCUGGCAAAAAAGUUGUAUGGGAUUUCAUUUUGGAUAUAAAAUGUGUAUCGCAGUACAAUUCCCAAUUUACAUAAGUUCAAUUGUGCUUUCUUGAAAUUGAAAAUAAUUAUUUUUAGAAGUCCAAGUAUGCACUGAAUUUCAACAUGGAUACUUUGUAAUUAGGCUAAAAGGUUAACAUCUGAUGUAAUAAAUUGACACUUGGGAAGCAUAAGAUUGAUUGAAGGCAUAAUACCAAAGAAUCCCUGUGUACUUGAUUGUUAUUAAUGUUUAAAUUAAGUAACAUUCUUUGUAUGUGUCUUGUGGGUUAAUGUAAAAUAAUUUAACAUUGCAAAAUCAGAGACAAAAAUGUAAUGUGGCUUAUGGGUAUUGUGUGUGUAAUAACAAUAGUGAAACGAAUUGAACCUGAAACAUAUUAAUUACAGAGCCAUAUAAUUCAUGACCUUUGACCUUUUAUAAGAGAAUUUUGAAAAAUUCUGUUGCCAGUUUGAAUUGUCUUUAUUCCUCCACGUCAUAUUUGUUUCAUUUAACCUUAAUUUACCCUCAGCUUGCUCUCCUUGAGAUUUUAGCAUUUUCAUCCCCACUCUCAUUUCUAUUAUUUGUUCAUUUUCUCAUGUCAUUUAUGCAUUUGGUUUCUUUCUUUAGUUUUCUUUUCGAAAACUUGCCUCUUUUUGAAUCUGUUUUUCAUUCUGCUAAUUCUUUCUUCACCAAUUUUCUGCUCAAGGCUGUAUUUUCUAGUUCAAACAUUUUAUUCUUCACAAUAUUUUUAAGUGUUGUAUUUCCAUUUGCUGUUAUCACAGUUGGCCUUUGCUAUUUUCAAUACUUUUCUAUAGCACUAUAAAAUUAAAGUGAUAUGCCAAGUACCUUAAUUCUUCAUAUUAUUUACAAGAUUAGUUUUCAGGAAGUAACAGUUGUUCACAAUGACUAAAGUCUCCAAUCAAUACCAAGAAUUGCACCAAAAUUAACAAUAUUUUAGUAGCUGUAAUUGAAACACAUUGAUUUUAUAACAUUUCUUUAAUUUUUAGAAACUUAACAGUGGUUCAAGUGUAAUCAUAUAUUAGGUAUCAUUUACAUGAUUAAAAUUAGCUAAUGGAAGAAUAGAAUCCAGCCCCAGUCUCAGCUGCACCUAACUUGCUUCUUACAAGGUUGUGAGUUGCUUAUCUCAGGUAGGUUAUCACAGCACCAAAGAAGCAAAGCACUGACCUGACAGGAGUGACAACACCUCACAUACUGCCAAAUCUUCUGUUUAUGGUCAAAACUAAUUUAUUAAGACUAAACAUAAGUCAAAUUCAUGAAGAUUUAAGUCUCAGGAAGCAGCCCUUGUGUAAAGAAGAUGUAGCAAAUAACCUCUGGAUAAUUUUCUCUCUUUUUUGUUAAUAAAACUAAAUAAUGGUCAAAGGCUCUGAAUUAGGUUUGUUUUUAGUUAAUGUUGAGUUUCACAGUUUAAGUAUCAAACCUAUUCAGUGAUCUCUGUGUACUUAAGUUAGAUACCUGAGUGUUGAUAGCAUUAAAUAUAUGAUGGACUAACACAAUAAAGUUGAAGAAAGCAUUCAUUUUAUCUUCCUUUGGUACAUAUGUAAUUGAUUUCAGAAUUUUGCUACAGAUGCUGAGGGAAUCUGUAAUGUUGAUUUAACCCACUUUUUGGUCCUGUUUUGAAAUCUGUGGAAGUGAGUUGUUUUUGAGUAAGCAAAAAUCAGGCCCCUAGAAUGGAAAAAUGUAACAGAAUGAAAUGCGUUCAUUUACGUUUUGUUUCUGGCUUCAUUCAUUUGCAAUUUGAAUCGCUCACCUAUCCGACACCAAGCCUUCGCAAUUUUUCAUUCUGUUGCAGUUGUGUUGCAGUUAGUAGAGCUAAACUAAUGUUUGAUUCAGAACAGUAUUGGUGUUUGAUUCCCAUGCAUCUGAUGUUCCUUUCUGGAAGUCCAGGACACAAAGCAGAUUUGGAGAUUUCGCUCCUAAAUCCAUAAAAUAUCAUGACAAGUUGUAAUGAGGCUGAUUGUAUGUUUUAAAAGAAUAUAUAUAUAUUGUGAUUAAUGUAUGUUUUACUGAUUUUAUGAUAUGAAUGAUUUCAAUUAAUUAUCAACAGAUGGUUUGCACUAUUCCUUUGUGAAAACAUUUCACUGCUGUAAUUUCCUGUUUUGAAACAUUUCAAUCACCAUGAUUUGACAAAUUACAUUGUUUCAUUUUUGGCUGUUUGGCAGAAUACACCUUUCUCUUAUCACAAGACAUUGCACUGAAAACUGCUGCUGUUAGAUUAUCCAUUACCACUGCCAUUAGGCAUUUACUUACAUUUGCAAAUUAUUCAUUAAACAAUGCAAACUUGCUAUACUAUAAAACCUACUGGACAACAAGCAUUGUGAAUAUUUGUUUAAAUUUUAUGUUUUAUGAUAAUAUGGUGCCACUGACAUAUAUGCUGUACAUGAGCUGUAAAAAUGGAAGUGUAUUUUAACACUUCUAUUUACUUUGAGAUAUAAAUUAUGUGUGAAGAUGUUCCCUUCAUGGGUUUGGAGGCUUUUUUUGUGUGAGAAUUGAGCCUAUGCAACUU